CUUCAAAGGCGUGGGAGAAAGAGGUACUCCACCACUCUUCGCUCCGCAUCAUUUUUCAUAAUAAAUUAUGAGAACAAAGAAGGUUUAAUCUACCAAUGUAGCAUUGAGGGUCAUUCUUCAUAAUAGAAGUUUUCGUUUGUCGCAAGAGGGGUACCAUUUUUUCAACUUCGUUCUUCAGGUUCCGAAAUACGUAAAGGUGAUAGUCCAUAAUGAAAUGUACACCUCAUGUAUUCUGAUUUAUUGUAACAAGUCUGGUCUAUGUGCUCGCCAGAGACGUUGGAGAAGUUUCACAAAUUUCUUAACACCGAGGAGGCGACCCAAAUCUGCAGCCAGUUCCACACCGAUAUAUGGCAGUCUGGAUGUCAGGUUAUGUGGAGCGGUGAGCCCCGCAACUUGGUACAGAGCUGGGCAGAUCAACAUAGAAUGCUGACGUUGACCACAGCUAUGGGACCGCUGAUGGUUCAUUGUGAAGAACAGUGUUUAUGGUCUCGAAAGUCAAGCCAAGCCUGGAGUCGGUACAUGAAGGGCGCAUCUGCUAUAUAUGCCUAUCAUAUUGCUCAGGACGGGGGACAAGUCAUCGUCUUAACACCGCCACCUCCCGAGCGAUCUAAUCCUUUCGGAGGAUCCAACUACCAGAUUGUGGAAGAGCCAAUUCUAAAAGGAAAGUUAGGGCCAAAGGUCUCAGACAUUGAAGCAUUGCAUCCGACCAUACCCGGCGCCGAAGAAUUUCACUACCAGAUAUGGCCGAACGACGAGACACCCUCUUGGCAUGAACACUUUGGAUAUCCUCGUCCAGCUACUAACUGGCGGCAUGCUGUCAAAAACCGAGCAUUACUAUGAGUUCGAUAAGUGGAACAAAUACGAGACUGUGGUGACUCUGUCUUCGGGCGAGAUCUAUACUUCGACCGAGCGACCGAGCUGGACAGUUAUGUCCUUUCGCAUCAUGGUACGACGAGUUGAGGUUUCAAAAAUAAUCCAUUCAUAGCUAGUCAAGCCUGUAUUACAGAAGAGAAUUCAAAAUAUCCAGCAGCACAGCUUGGGUAUGAGGAUUGUUGAUUUGAUUCAUGAUUCAACGAGGGAGUUGAAGACCUUGAUCUGUCAUAUAACCAAUACUGAAAAUUGUACGAAAAGAGUUCAGAGGUGUAGGAACAAGUGAUCCAAAGAAUGAACUUACCCCGCUUAGCAGACAAACGGUAUCGUAUUAUAAUGAAUAUUUUCUGCCAUCUUGGGUAAUUAGUAUCGAUUAGAGCGUAUGGUACGACUGACUCACCCUAGCAA